ACAAGCCGCUAGAGCCAAAGAAUGUAGAGAAAGAAAGAGCCAGUUCAACAACCACACCCGCUCCUUUCCUUUCCUUUCUCCCAAAGAGCCCUACACACCAACUCCACCUUACAAAGUAAAAAUGAUGGAAAACUUUCUUAUAAUAAAUAUUCAUCAAACUUUCACAUAAGCUUUACCAUUUUCUUUCGAUACCUUCGUGUGUGGGAGAGAGAUAUGAUCAGUGGGUGGGGACUCAGCUGGAUUUCAAGAAAUUAAUACAACAAAAAGAAAAAAGAAGAGCGUGUAAAGACAAACAGACAUAAUGCUGCCCACUGCAUUCUCUUUUCUUUCUCUUUAGUAAUUUCAAGAACCUUUCAUGGCUCCUCUAUCUCUUCUUUCUCUAUAAAGAAACUGAGAGAUAGAGAGACAAAUAGUAUCUGUUUCUUUUGUACCUCCACAUAAAACAACUGAACUAACCACCACCAUUGACAAUGUUGCUAAAAAGCUCCUUCUCCAACACCAAGAAAUUCUUCCAGAAAACCUUACAAAGCUUCAAGUCUUUCUUUUCUGGUUCUUCUUACGAAAAAAUGCCCAAAACCUUAUCUCCAUACAAUCCGUACUCUAAUGUCCAAACAAGAUUCAAUAAAAAUGAUUUGGACAACUUCUACACUGACUUCAGCGACAGGUGGGAUACUGAUAAAGGAAAGGAAAUGAAUAAAGGAAACAAGAAGAAGAUAGAACAACCGCGACCGUCAUCACCAGCCAAGCAAGAAAAAAGUGAUGGUCUAAAUGGAAGUUUCAUGAAAUUCUCGAAGAAGAGUCCUGUUAAAACGUAUAUUAGUAAUAACAAGGGCAAGGGUUUCCAAAGAGGGAAAAGAUUGGUGGAGAAUAGUUCAAAUUAUAGCGUAAAAGAUGACGGAAGGAGCUUUUUGGUGGCGCAGAAGCUAAGGGAGCUAGAAAUGAUGGAUGUUAGUAAUGUGGAUCAUGUUCUAGACAUAGAAGAGAUUCUCCAUUAUUAUUCUCGUUUAACAUGCCCUGCUUAUCUGGACAUUGUUGACAAUUUCUUCAUGGAAAUGUAUGCAGAAAUUUUUGUUCAACCAGCUGGAACUCCUCGCAGUGUCAAUUCAAAGCCAAAUAGUCUAUCUUCCAUUAGACUAUAGGCUUAAUUUUCUCCUCCUAAAGGAGAUUUGAUGAAGAUGGAGAAUUUCUGACAAUGUUUCAGGUUGUCUUUUUAUUAUUUUUUGUUUAUAUUCUUUUUUGAUUUAUAGAUUUUAUGUCUCUGGUUAUGUUUUGUGUAAUCAGUUUCUAAUUAUCAAUUUCCAUUUUAAUUCUCUCGGAUAAUGCAUUUAA